CUGUCCAACGAGUUCAUGAUGAUUGCUUUAUCAGCCCUCCAAGUGCUCAGUCUCUUUCUGCUGGGGCGAAACCACAUACCGACAGCCGCCUCGAAGGUACGGAAGUCAGCCAGGCUAUCUGCGUGCCGUCCCGUGACGCCGAUGAUUCCGGGGAUGUGGAGGAGGAAAUGCAGGUCCGGGAUGAGCUUGGUCUCGAUCUUCAUGAUGUGGAAGUGAGGCUGGAUUCUGAAGAUGACAUGGAUAAUUCGAGGCCAUUGGAGCAGUCUUCCGAAUCUGUUGUUGAAUUCCCGAAAUCCACAAAGCGUGGCAGUUCUCAAGUCGCAAGAGAAGACGCGAGAGACUUUGGUUUUUCAAGCGCCAAUGGACGUAUCGAACGAUUGGUCGUCGAUCGGGAUGAGAAAGUCAAAAUGGAGCAACUGACACUUGAUUUUCUUCGACGGUAAUUUGAAAUCACUUCUCUGGUGGGUAAUCUUCUUUUACUGAGUAGCCUAUAUUGCAGAUAUAUCAAUUCCUGGGAAUACGAUCGUA